UCCGUCAAAGGAUAAACGAAGAAUACUUAAGAACCAGUGGUCGAUUUGCUCGCGUGAUUUUCCUAAACGAUUAUCACAUCCAAUUGCGAUCGGAUCUGGGUUUAAUAUUUUUUCGACGAACCCGUGUCCGUGUUCGAUCUGGAAUUGAAAGUCACAAACUUUUUAUCGCUUCCUUAAGCUGAACUCUUUGGUCAAAACCCUAAUCUUUUCCUCUUUCCUCCUUUUUUUUUUCCUAUCAAUUUUCGAUUCGUGUGAGUGCUACUCUUUCUCUGUUCGAUUUGCCAAUCCCAUCUCUUCAACUGCAAUCUGAGAACUUUAUUCUCGGUUGUGUUUUCUAUAAAGACCGAAACUUUUCUUCAAUUUUAAGCAGAUAGAGUCAGUGACGAUGUCUUGGGCUGGUCCUGAAGAUAUAUAUCUUUCAACUUCGCUUGCCAGUUAUCUCGAUAGAAAGCUACUUGUGCUCCUUAGAGAUGGUAGAAAGCUAAUGGGAACGCUCCGUUCAUUUGAUCAAUUCGCCAACGCGGUUUUGGAAGGUGCGUGCGAGAGGGUAAUUGUAGGUGAACAGUACUGCGACAUCCCUUUAGGCCUCUAUGUAAUCCGUGGAGAGAAUGUUGUUCUGAUUGGUGAGCUGGACACGGAGAGAGAGGAGCUUCCUCCACAUAUGAUUCGCGUCUCAGAGACAGAGAUAAAAAGGGCGCAAAAGGUGGAGAGGGAGGCGAGUGAGCUGAGAGGAACAAUGAGGAAGAGAAUGGAGUUUCUUGACUUUGAUUAAGAUGGAUUGUGUCCCUAUUCAUUCUUGGCUUGAUCCUCUGCUUUGGCUCGCAAGUUUUAUGAUGAGCCUUUUUGGUGUGUGGAUGAAGAUAUAGGAGAGUGACGCAGGUCUCAUGUUUCGUUUUGGAAGAAUAUGACAACAAAUAACUUCUGUGUGUACUUCGGAUCUAUUUAAUCUUUUUUUUUAAGAAAAAAGUGGCAAUC